CUCGUUGCUAUGGGAGACCUCUAAACGGAGAAGCGCUCGUGAAGCAAAAUACACGUCUGUUGGUGUUGCUAGAAAAUUAGCGGCUGUUCUUGUUUUACACGAUGGAGAAGCAGCAGGCAGCUUUAAGAAUCCAAAGUGGGAAAUGUUUCCGGCCCAACUGGGUGGAAGAGGAAGCAGUUGCCGCUCUGGACAUCGAUGACUCCAAGAGGAGCAUCCAGACAAUCGGACACGAAGGGAUUCUCACAACAGAACAAAAGUGUAAAAUGGAGACUUUAACCACAACCAAAGCUGCUCACAGUCCUCUGAAGAGUCCAGGAUUCAGGCAGAAGGGCAUCAGGAGGGAGCAGUUGGAGAAACAUAUUACCCAGAUGAUUAGGGAGAAGUUUCAAGCUGAACUAACCCCACCAGAACCUGAAGUGGACUAUUGCUCUACAACUCAGAGGGAUUUCUGUGUCUUAGGAUUUGUUCCCAGCAGACCAAAGUCGAAGCAUAUGCGCGAUUAUAAAUUUGAGCAGGCCAUAACAUUUUGGAGUGAAAACUGCCAGAAGAUACAGGGUGUUACACCCAUCCGGAACCCGAACUCCCCUUUCAAGAAGUCGUCUCUGUUCAGCACCCCUAUCAGUGAACGCCUGGAUGAAGAGGAGCUGCCCCCUGACCUCUGAGCCGUCUACAUCCCUUCAUUACCAGCAGGUGCUCCGACAUGCUGUUGAAAUCCAUCUGCUUUGGAUUUCUUCUAACAAACAUCUGCAGCCUCCUCCAACCGGAGCAUAAACUAGAAAAUACACACUGGGACUUCACUGAAAACUUCACAUGAUAGACAGGUUAUAUAACCUCAGUAAGCUCCAUGUUUUCCAACUAUCUGCAUAUAUAAGGCAGCAGCAAUGGGACUGUGACUGUGUCAGGUUCUUGUGAAUUAAAAUAAAUAAAGUAUUUCAGUUUAUUGUCUCUCUUCUGGACUGGUUCAGGAACAUCAUGUAAGUAUUUGAAGGUGUCUAUAUGAAAAUCUUUGGGUGGUUUGGCAAA